ACACAUACACUCCUCUCAGUACCUAGACAAGCUUCUCAUGGAUCAGAUCUGUCUAUCUGGCACUCAUGUAUUGCUGGGGAAACAACAAAUCUGGCCAGCUGGGACUUGCUGGCCAAGAUAAUGAAAAGAUUCACUUUACUGAGAAUGAUGGCUUUGAUGGAUAUGCAGGGGUGCAGAAGGUGGCAUGUGGUGAGGUGCACACCCUAUUUCUCCUGCAGGAUGGCACCAUGCUCUCUUGUGGUCAAAACUUCUGUGGGCAGCUGGGCCGAAAGUCUCCUGAAAGCGGUCUGGAACCAAUCCAUGCUCUGGAAGCACAAACUAUUAUUGACAUGAGUUGUGGGUCAAACCACUCUGUGGCAAUAUGUAGUGAAGGAAACAUAUUUACUUGGGGCAAUGGAUUGCAUGGAGAACUUGGGUCAGGGCAGGUGCCCCAAAAAAGUCCCAUCCCAAGAAGGAUCACUGGGCUCUCUGACGUAAAAAUCAUACAAGUAGCUUGUGGACAUUACCAUACGGUUGCUCUUUCAGAAGACAGCAGUGUGUUCUCGUGGGGAAAGAAUGAUGCUGGUCAGCUUGGCCUGGGUUAUAAAACAUCAGAUAAUGCAAGUCCUCAAAUUGUGAAGUCCCUUAGAGGAGUCCCGCUCGUCCAGAUCACUGCAGGUGGUUCCCAGAGUUUAGCAUUGUCUAUGUCGGGAAUAGUCUUUGGAUGGGGAAAGAAUAAUGCCGGACAACUAGGAUUCAAAAUGGUUCCCCAGAGAGCAGGAAUAUUUAAACCAUACGCAGUGACCUCCUUGAGAAACCUCAGCGUUGCUUACAUAAGCUGUGGGGAUGAACAUACAGCUGUUCUAAGCAAGGAUGGUACAGUGUACACAUUUGGUAAUGGCAGCCUUGGACAACUAGGAAAGGUUGUGGAGGGUAACACAGCAGAACCUCAGAAGAUUGACGAAUAUGAAGGACAGGUUUCACAGAUAGCCUGUGGAAGCUACCACACACUACUGUAUAUCUCCACAUCUAACUCCAUUGUGUCCUUUGGUCGUGGGCUGCAAGCAAAACCGAAAACUUCCACCACUGAUAAAAGUCAACCUCCACAGGAACCAGGGACAUUAGAUAUCAGUUGCCUAAUAUGUCCAAAAGACUUUACGAACAUCCAUAUCAAACGGAUCUUUGCUGGAAACUAUGUCGGCUUUGCAACUUCUUCACUGCAACCACAGAACCACAAAAUAACAACACUGAUUGACGAAUUGCAAAAGAUCUGUCGACUUAAUAAAGACAUGGUAAAUGCGUGGACUGACCCCAUUUCUGGAAGAGAGAAGAAUCAAGAUGCCAAAAGGCAAAUAAAUAAAAUAUUUUCUUCACCUGCUUGCCUCGCUGCAAGUUUUCUGAAACACCGAGCCACUCCAUUAGACACAUCUCCUCCAAUAGUGGACCUUAAUGGUGCAAGUGAACUAUUUACAAAAUUAUGCCAAUGCAAAUGGAUUAUGGAUAUUUUAUGCUCCGUUUUGAAAAAUGAUCUGAUUCCAGGCAUUGAAUCUAUUCCAGCUCUCUAUGAGGCUUUGUCUAUAUACCUUCUACUUCCAGAAUUCCCCAUAAUGUAUGAUGUGAGCAUCUGCUUACCAUUAGUAGCUCCUAUUGCUUAUGCUAUCAACAAUCUCAGCACUAAUGCCCUGAAGAUGUUGGAGUCAACGUGGUAUUCAUUACCUGAAAACUCGCUGAAAAAGCAUAUUCAUAUGUUCAAAGUUUCCUUGAUAGUAGCGGUACACACUCAAAAGGAUGGUACUAAAGAUUUGUUAGAAGUUCUAAAAAAGCUAUACAAGGUAAACAAUAAAGCCCAAUUUAAAGUUCCAGAAAUUCACUUCUGUGUUCCCGAGGUUUCUGAGGUGAUCAUUGUUCCUUUGGAUCUUUGUAACUGGCGCAUAUGGCAAAAGGAACCUGAUGCUGGUGACAGUUCUGUUCCUGUAGUAUAUUGUCGCUAUCCAUAUAUCUUAACAUUUCCCACUAAGGUUCAUUAUCUUCACUUUGAUGGAGAAGUGAAAAAGAAUGAUGCCAAGCUUCAAGCUCAACAAGCGCUGAUGAUGAAUAGAAUGCAGGGCAUCGGUGAAAAUCCAAGGAUACCAUUGUUGCACCUCAAAUUGCGACGUGAUCAUCUGUUGGAAGAUACCUUGCAUAAACUAAGUAUUGCAGAAGACUGUGAUCUCAGGAAGGAAUUACGGGUGGAAUUCCAUGGUGAGAAUUCAGUUAAUCCCAGAGGUGCUCUUAUGGAGUUCUUUCUCAAUGUGGGGGAGAAGAUGGUUCAUCCUGAUUAUGGAUUAUUCUCUUGCACCAACCCAAUGUUGCCCGUAUGGUUUCCAAGUCAUGCAUUGGCAGAAAAGAAAAAGUAUUAUUAUUAUGGAGUACUUUGUGGCCUGGCAAUCUUCAAUCAGUGGGUCCUGUAUCUGCCGUUUCCACUUGCUUUGUAUAAGAAGCUUCUGGGCAAAAAAUUUACUCUGGAUGAUUUAAAAGAAUUGCAGCCUACUUUGGGAAAAAGUCUACAGAUCAUACUGGAUGCUAAAGAAAAUGCAGUGGAAGCCCUUGAACUGUAUUUUACUAUCACCUGGGAAAACCGAACAGUGGAACUCGUUCCAAAUGGAACAUCAGAGCGUGUGACCAGUGAAAAAAAGCACAACUAUGUGAACAAGUACAUUGACUACAUUUUCAACACCUCUGUGGCCGAGACUUUUGAGGAGUUCAAGACAGGACUGCACAAAGUUUGUGACAAAGACGUUCUGUCAUUUUUCCAACCAGAUGAACUGAUGGAUCUUGUUGCUGGUCAUGCAAGAUAUGACUGGAAUAUAUUUGAGCAGAACACUCAAUAUGUGGGGAAAUACUCACGAGAUCACCCAACCAUUAUCAUGUUCUGGAAGGUUUUCCAUAAACUGACACUACCACAAAAGAAGAGCUUUCUCUAUUUCCUGACUGGAAAUGAUAAAAUCCCUGUGUUUGGUUUUGAAAACACAUGUAUGAAAGUCACCUCAUUUGGUGUUCCAAAGGAAGACUAUCUCCCAGAAUCUCAGACAUGUUCCCAGCUACUACUGCUCCCUGAAUACUCCAAAUCUGCCAUGCUCCGCAAGAAGCUGCUCCUAGCUAUAGAGAACAACAGAGGACUCGACAGAAUAUAGAAACCUGUAACCAUUGUUUUUCAAUCUAUAAUAUGUUUCAUCUCUAGAUUUCAGAACCCAGAUUCUGACUAAAUAAUUGUGAUAUUUUAUAAUUGGUGAUCUGUAUUUAGUCCAUAUAUUAGGACUACCAGAUUGUUUUUGUUUUUUGUUUUUUUGCCAUUAGGUCUGUAGAAAAUACUUUUAUGUUUUACCUGCUUUGUCAUUGUAUAUGUGUUAUACAUGUUCAGGUAUUGUUCUGAUAGAUAAUCAGAAUUAUUUCACGGACACUUCUGAAAUGGUAAGACUGGGUGGAUCUCCGAGCCAGGGCUAGCGGAUAUUUCUAUACAUUUUUUAUUUUUUUUUAUUAUUUUUAGAUCCUAGCGAACAGUUUUACCUAUAUUCAUAAUGACACUUGUUUCUACAGUUUUGCAAAUGCCCCUUAAAAUCCUAUCCGUAUUGAUAUACAUGAUAGACAAAACGGUAUACUAAUGCAGCACAAUAUAACUAACUGUACAUGAGGCCAAAAUGUUCAGCUAAUCAUACAAUGGGGGGCUCUAUUAUCUAUCACUGUUUAUAUUUAAUGAUCUUUCUCAUAUCCUGACAACCAACAUAAAUACUUGUAAAAGUUUCACUGUUGCAAACAUUAAAAUGAAUUACAGUUCUGUAAGCCA